CGCCGGACUUCCUCACCCCCUAGCACAACCAGAUGACAGUGGUGCUGGAAAUGGGCAACAACACUUUGCCUUUUAUCCCAGAUGAAUGGUUCUUCGCUCAGGAAGGCAAAGUCAUUAGGAUCACAGUUUCCAGCAAAAACAACCCUUUAUGCUUCAAAUGCAGACAAAGGGGACAUCUGGGGACGGAUGCAAGCUGCCCAAAGACCAAAGAAACAGUCAAGCCAAAAGUGCUGAAAACGGCCAGUCUACAGGAAGUAGCUGACAAAAAGGGCUACUGGUACAUACCGGAGGCUCAGUAUGCAGGUUGGGUGUUCAACGACAACCUGGAUACCCCGGACUGGGUAUGGACCAUCCAAGGAGAACCAACACCGAAACCGGAUGUAUACCCCCCGUACGAAAGCAGAUGGCAAACGCUAAACACGGGAAAGAAAUCUCCCAAAAGCUUUAUAAGGGACCCAGUAAUUAACAUUGAGACGUUGAAGCAGGAAAUCUGGGAGAGGGACCUCAGCGCCGAUCUGCAGUCAGUACAAGAGAAUAUCGAAAGGGGAUGGGUCGAAGCAGUGAAGAAGUACCAGGGGGAGGAAAGAGAAAGAGAAGAGAGUCAAGCGCAAAAAACCUACGUGCGCAGACGAAGAAGGGGUCAGAGCGUGCACGAGCAGAUCAAGGUCAAGGAGAUGGAAGGGACUGAUGAAUCAAUGGGGGAAGGUGGCGCAGGUCAAGCAUUGGGUGAAAAUGAAGAACUGUCGGGAGCAGCAGUGGGGGGCAAAAGGAAGCACAUAGAAGGGCAGAAAGACAGGGAAUCGGUAGACGAAGAACAAGAGAGGGACUUGGAGGAAGGCUAUCCGUGGGAGGGACUGCAGGAGGAUGAGUUAAGGAAAUACAUCGAGAUUUUUGAAAAACAAAGGGAUGACAACUACGAGCUGCAGCUAAUACUGCAGAAGGAGGAACUAAAAAACAAAACUAAGGCAGAAGCGGCUAGCCCAUCCCUGCACAUUCUACUGUCCGAGAACCCAUUUGCACCCUUAGAAAAGGAGGAGGAGGUGGCGACCUAUUUUGCAGAAAAAUACUGUGCUGCCAAGGAAGAUCAGGAAAUGGAGGGGGGAGAGAGGGAAGGAGUGAGUACAGAAAGGAAAAACAAAAUGCCCAAGGGGAGACAGUUGCAGAAAUACAAACCAACUUCCGUCCUCGAGGAACAGGGAAAGGGAAAAGGCCAAGAAGAUGCUGGCAAGGUCUUGUCAACUGUUGCUCAGCUGGGCAUCCAACUUCAAGCGUUGGAAGCACAAAAUGCAAGACUGACGGAUCAGAAUAAGGAAGCUGCCCUGCGUACGGUGACCGUCCGGGACAUUCAAUGUAAUGACCAGGAUACACUCUGGGUUAGAGCUAGGAGAGAGGCAAGUAUACUCUUGCUGUCCAGGGCUGUAAUCCCCAUUCGGAGAGACUCAUUGGCCAAUCAGUGGGAAGUGGCAGUCCAUGAGGACUUAUCCGUUCCUAGAUGGCAGCUGGGGCAGAAAAGAGAGGACCUGCUGAAAAAGAUCAGCAAAGAGGGGGAACCAGUGUUCAUGGGCCUACCAGGCGAGCUGCAAAGGGGAGGAGGCGCAGUCCAUGGAGAGACAUUGGAAGGGGAGGGGGGGAAGGAUCAGCCCCAGUACGAUACACGUCCACUACUGAUCUGUCUGGACCACAAAACUGAGAUCCAGGACGGACUAAUGUGGAAGCCUUGGUGGUGGCUGACGGAGUUACCUGUCACAGCGCUGGGUAGUGAUUCAAAGAUGGCGCAAAAUGUGGUCGUUUUAGCCUCACUUUUGGAGUCGGAGGCGAUGGCACGGGAAGCCGAGGAGCUCCCAACGUUGCUUUCCCCGUUCGAGGGAGAGGCAGAGGUUAGCUCCAGUUCCUAGAAACCAAAAUGUGAGCAUCACUUGACAACUAAGAAACGGUAACACAUGUCAUCUGCCAGGGGGGAGCUGUGGAUUCAAUUAUGGAAUGUAAGGGGGCUGGCAACAAUCCUCUCAAACCAGGAAAAGUGGCAUUGUCUCCUAAACACGACAGGUUGGAACGGACCACACCCCUCAGACGUGCUGUGCUUUCAGGAAACACACUUAACCAACAUAUCACCCCACAUAGAUAUAAAAAAGGAAUUAAUGAAAAGGAUAAGAAACU